UCCAAUGUGCCGUCUCGGACGAUAAUACUAAGUGAUGGGGCCAAGAUGAAAGUGCACGGAGCAAUUUAAGGCAAAUUUGGCGAUCGAGCUGAGAGCGGGAUUGCAAAAUACCAGCGGUGGUAACGGGCAAGAUGGACUCCCAACCAAUCUAGCCAAUCCCGAUUGUCCCAACUGAUGCAAAAAUUUCGAGCGGGAGAUCCCCCGUACCACCGUGUUACAAGGGCCAGGGGGCGGCGAUUGUUCUGUUCGGUUCGGUUCUGGAUGCUGGCAAAAAAGAAGUCAGAUAAAAAGAUUGUUGUCUCUUGCCUCCCUUUCCUUACCUUCCUUUUGCAAAUUACCUUUUCUUUUUGCCUUCUUCCCUUCGCUUUCCCCGAUUGUUUUUUUCUUUCUUUCUUUCUUUUUUUUUCUUCCCUUCCACGCUCCCUGGUUCGCCGCGCUCCCCUCCUCCCUCCCCCGGGUUCUGUGUUAAACACCUUAUUAUCACGCCUUAUUCUUCCUCCUCUUUCUCACCUUCUUCCUUCUAUCGUUCUUCUUUCCCUUCUCACACUCCUCUUCUCCUCAUUCCAUCCCCCUUCCCCCCUAAGUCGACAAAAGGCUUUCCUGAGGUGGUCAGUCAGGCUCCUCUCACUGUCCCCUGCCUUGUUGUCAAUUCCCCCGACCUGGUCGCUUUUCAUUGUGUGGGAACCCCUUCCGUCCAUUGCAUCUCGGCUCUCAUAUCCUCCGAGCACUGCUUUGAUCAAUUGGUGAGUGAGAGAUAUGAAUUUCUUGGUGGCCUGUUCUCGGGAAUGUGAUAAAGUCACAAAGGUCACCACGCA